AUGAAAAAUAAAAUUUUGAAUUUUCUAAUUUUCUUCGUCGUCGUUUUCUUCCCCACGUCAUCAGAAUCUCAGCACAUUCGAAACGAUGACUUUUUGACGAGGACAGAAGAAAAAUUGACGACGGAUCGGGAUUUUUAUGAUCAAUGGAUGGAAUUGAUCACUUUGCAGCUCGAAGAGCAAGAAGAAGACUAUCCAUUGGACUAUGUAAUGAAGGAUCUGGAAAAAUGUGGACCAAGAAAAACGGCGAUUCCAUCAAUAAACGAUGCUCAUCAUUUACAAGCGAAAACAAUUAAGUUUUAUGGGGAAUUAGGACAAUUAUCAUCGUAUUGUCCCAGUAAUUAUACACUACUACAGAAAGGGAUUCUGGGACCAUGCAAUCUUCGAUCCUCCGAAAUGAGUCUCCCAUCUCUUUCAUCAAUGCUACAGCUUCGAGGCGCAGAGUUACAAAAAAUUGAAUCCAACCAACUGGAUGAAUCGCUAGCUGAUCAAGCAAGAGACAUUGGUGAAUCGAUUCGACGAAUCAAUGAUUACGAGAAUCAUUGGAAAAUGAUAGUGAUUCUGGCGACAAUUCAAGACGGAAAAGCAUCGGAAACCGGACAAACGGCAGUCGAAGUACUCGCCGCCAUCGAGGAAUUAGUCAAGUUAGUGCCCGAGAAAACGUUCGUUGUCGUUUUACGAUCAUCCGGAAGUGGAAUCUGGCGUGAUGCCAGUCAUCAAUCAUUGGCUUGUAAGAGCCAGCUGGCUCAGUGGAAGGUGCACAAUAAGUUCAAUUAUAAUUCAGUUUGGGAUCAGGUCGAAAUAAUCGUCGAAAAAAACUACCGAAAACCGCAAUUCCACGUGGAAGUCCUGCCACUUCUCAAGGAUCCGGCACUCACCAACCUUCCUGAUGGAGUGGAUCUGAGCAUUCUCGGCUACGAUUGUGCUCACUUCUCGGAACGAGGCCUUUCGUUGCUUCAUUUGGCCGUUUGGAAUUCGUUGUUCACAAGGAACUCGGCGAGAGAAUCGCAAUACCGACCGACGGCUUCACAAGUUUUGUGUCCGGAUCCGACGUGUCCCUUUAUUAGAACGCCUUCCAAUUCUGACAUGUGCAUUUGGACGGGGACGAUGCCAGACGACGAAUUCUAUUGGGUGGAUUACAUGAUGUUCAUUGGCAUCUGGGUCCUCCUGAUGGUUCUUCUCAUUAUCAUCUUCUACUGCAUCUGCGUGACACGAAGAGUCGCUUCUGAGAAGACACCAACGAAAGCGUUCGGAGCCAGUUUUAGUUCGAUUAAAUUCAUAGAUGAGGAUGUUGUCUAG